GCGUUUCAUUGGUGGCUUUGCACGGGUGGUUCCCAUCGCGGCGAUCGCGAUCGCGGCACGCCGUCACUUCUUGAAUCGUCCAACAAAGUUCAAGCAAUCAACAUGGCUGACGCUGCUCCUCGAGGUGAACGUGGUGGAUUUGGCCGCGGCCGUGGCCGUGGUGGUGACCGUGGUCGCGGUCGCGGGCGCGGUCGAGGCCGUGGCCGUGACGGCGAAAAGGAAGGGUGGACCCCCGUGACCAAGCUCGGCCGCCUCGUCAAGGACGGCAAGAUCGAGUCGCUGGAACAGAUCUUCCUCUACUCGUUGACGGUCAAGGAAUCCGAAAUCGUCGACUACUUCCUCAAGGACCGCUUGAAGGACGAAGUGAUGAAGAUCAUGCCUGUGCAAAAGCAAACCACGGCCGGUCAACGCACCCGCUUCAAGGCGUUCGUGGCGGUCGGUGACCACGCUGGCCACGUCGGUUUGGGUGUGAAGUGCGCCAAGGAAGUCGCGACCGCCAUUCGUGGUGCCAUCAUCAACGCCAAGAUGAACUUGGUCCCUGUCCGCCGCGGGUACUGGGGUAAGAUGUCUGGCCUUCCCCACACCGUGUGCAACAAGGUCACGGGCAAGUGCGGUUCCGUCCGCGUGCGCCUCAUCCCGGCCCCUCGUGGUACCGGUUUGUGCGCUGCCCCUGCCCCCAAGAAGUUGUUGGGCAUGGCCGGUAUCGAAGAUUGCUACACGUCGGCGCGCGGCCACACCCGUACGUUGGGCAACUUCGUCAAGGCGACGUUCUACGCCUUGCGCGCCACGUACGCGUACUUGACGCCGGAUCUCUGGACCCCCACCAAGUUUACGCCGACGCCGUACCAAGAGCACUCGGACUACUUGAGCAAGGCGUUUGUCAAGAAGUAAAGCCAUGUCGCAACUCGGAAGUUGCAACGAGCACAAGGGAGAGCGCAUUUGGACGAGCGCUACGGUGCGUAGGUGUCGACCUUUGGCAAGUACAUGAGUAGACGGCGAUGGCUGGUAGAUCGAGAGGAGACAUGGAGAGGGUGGGAAAGCGGCAACGCUGCGCUGCGAGGUGGCGACCCGCCCCCUCCACUGUCUUGUCGAGUCUUCUCUGCCGUGGUGAAUGCUAAUGUAUGGACUGCUCGA